CCGCCGCCACGUCAGCGCGCGCGCCGCCCUCCCGCUUCCGGCCGCCCGCCCGCUUCCGGCCACCCCCUCACUGUAGUCGCCGGCCCCGGGUGCCGGUUGGUGUUGCCCGCCGUCCCCGGGCCCGACCGGGCCACCCAGCACGGGGCGGCCGUGCGAGCCCUCGGUGCGUACCCGACCGGCGGCGGCGGAGCGACAGCCAGGUCCUGCGCGCGUCAUGGCGGCGUGCUGUGGGGCCACCCCUGCACUGCCCCCGCCGCGCCCCGGAAGGACAAGUGGGUGCUGGGAAGAUGGCGGCGGCGAUCGCGGCGGCGGCGCCCCCGGUGUGCGUGUUGGUGCUGGGCAUGGCCGGCUCUGGGAAAACCACCUUCGUGCAGCGACUGGCGGCCCAUCUGCACGGGCAGUGCUGCCCGCCGUACGUGAUCAACCUGGACCCCGCCGUGCACGACCUGCCCUUCCCCGCCAACAUCGUGCUGGACCUCUAAUAAUACAGUUAGAUAUCAGGGACACUGUGAAGUACAAAGAAGUCAUGAAACAAUAUGGGCUGGGCCCAAAUGGUGGAAUAGUGACCUCUCUCAAUCUCUUUGCUACAAGAUUUGAUCAGGUGAUGAAGUUUAUUGAAAAAAGACAAAAUGCAUCCAAGUAUGUUAUUAUUGACACACCAGGGCAAAUUGAGGUAUUCACCUGGUCAGCAUCAGGAACCAUCAUAACCGAGGCCUUGGCUUCCUCUUUUCCUUCAGUUGUUGUUUAUGUGAUGGACACCUCUCGCAGCACUAACCCUAUCACCUUUAUGUCCAACAUGCUGUAUGCCUGCAGUAUCCUGUACAAGACAAAGCUACCUUUCAUUGUUGUAAUGAACAAAACUGACAUCAUUGACCACAGUUUUGCAGUAGAAUGGAUGCAGGACUUUGAGACUUUUCAGGAUGCCCUGAAUCAAGAGACAUCCUAUGUCAGUAAUCUGACUCGUUCUAUGAGUUUAGUGUUAGAUGAAUUUUACAGUUCGCUGAAGGUGGUUGGUGUUUCUGCUGUGCUUGGCACAGGCCUGGAUGAUUUUUUUGUUCAGCUUUCUAACGCUGUAGAUGAAUAUGAGAGAGAAUAUCGCCCAGAAUAUGAGCGCCUGAGAAAAACACUGGAGAAAGCUCAAAAUAAGCAAAAGAGGGAGCAGCUGGAACACUUGUGGAAGGACAUGGGCAGCGUGUGCAUGCAGGGCAACACACUUGCAGGGUCUGAUGAUGCUUCUGCAAUGGGUCCCUCUGAGCUGAUCCUAACACGAGGAACUCUUGAUGAGGAAGAAGAGAGGGAGAGUGAUACUGAUGACAUUGACCAUGAAGUUACUGAGGAGAGUCAUGAAGAACCAGCCUUCAGAAACUUUAUGCAAGAGGCACGGAUGAAAUACCAAAGAAGAAACAACCCAAAUGAACAAGACCUUCAGAAAUAAAGGGUUUGGAGUCCCUUGUAGUGGAGUGAAAAGUAAAGUAACAGCAUAAAGAAACUUGUGAGGAACCAUUCAUGAAGUCUUCUAUCUGUGAACCGAAGGUCUGGACGUUUGGCCAUCUGCCACAGUGAUUUCCUGAUGAUGAAGGAAUCAGAUAGCACUUUCUUUAGAUGUAGCUGUUGAGAGCUUAGAUUUUGAGCACUGACAGCAUUACCCUCUAGAGGAGUUACUGGUCUCCAAAAGUGCUUUCUGUUCACCUUGUGCAGACGGGUGCCUGCUGCAGCCCGGACCCAAGUGAAAUUUCUGCUACAUGAAACUUCAUCAGUCUAGUGUUAUAAAAUAUAAACUCAGUGGCUAUUUAUAUAAGCCUGUCCACAUCUAGAGUUUAUUAUUUAUGAAAACCGACAUUCCUCAGAAUACACAUACUAGUUUCACAAAGUUAGUUAAGCCACCCUGAGUUCUCUCCUUUCGACAAAAAAAGCUUUAAGUAUUUUGGGGAGGAAGUGAAAUUGCUCCAAAUUCUUUAAUGAGAGAAAGUGCACAGCAUUUACAAUUAUUUUUACUGCUGUGCAAGAAACACAAUUGAAUAUUUCUUAUAAGUAUAUUUGAUCCAAUAUACUGUUUUCCAUACUGUACACAAUUGCAAGAGACAUGAUGUCAGUCCAACAAAAUGCUGUCUGAGAAAUGUGACAGUAUAUGACAUGUAAUAAUUAGAAAGUCCCAGAAAGUUCGCAGAAAAUACUUUCUGAAGUGAAAAAGUUGCUGAGAUUUUCCAAAAGCAAUGUUUGAUUUCUUUAGUGAAGUUAGGAAUACUCACAGGCAGUUUCCAGCAGUGGCAGAAAAGUUGCUGUGGCAGUUAUUUGUCUGAUAACAUAUUGAAUUUAAUCCUGAAUAGCUUCCUGAGAUUCUUCUCGUGGUGUGCUGCAAAAAUAGGAAAACUCUGUUAAGAAAGCUUCCACUAUACUGAGUUUUCUUUAAAUACAUUUCUCCCCAUUAAGCUCUAUUGGUCUGUUUGCUAUAUGAUUUUUUUGUAGUAGUGACACUCUUUUACGCCCUUGGUAGACAAGCUUAAAAAAGUUAAGUGAUAGUUGGCUUCUGUUUAUUGAUGUUUGUGAACUUCACAGUAUUUGCAAGGGGUGUUAUAUUUAUUCUCAGUCUGGAAUGAAUGAAGAGAACAGUAGUUCUUUAGGGCAUGUACCCGAUACAGGAUUUUAUAUACUUUGUUGGAAAUUAAAUUAAUCAAGUUCUGACCUGAUGCUUUAAAAAACAAAACAAAACCAAGAAAAACAAAAAGCCCCCCCACCUGAACAUUAUGUAUGCUGCAACCAUAUAACAACUGUUUUACAAACGAACAGAAGGAACACCAGUAAGAAAUCUUUCCUCUGCCUCUGCCAGCUCAACAAUGAGGAUAAAUGACCUUGUCCUAUUAAGCGUUGAACAAAUGCUAACUGUUGUGUAGCAAAUGUGUGUGGCUGUUCUAAGGCAGCAAAGAGCAGACAUGAGUGUAAAAUAGUGGCAUCCAGGGAGAGCUGAAGUGCAGAUGGGUAAGUUAAUGCCCAUUCCUCAGAGGAGAGUAGGGACAUGGAGCCAGGCAAUGUAAAUAUUCCGAAUGCUUGCUGUUGGAAACUGAUGUAUGUUUUUCUUCUGGGCUUUUAAAAAUCAAGUUAGCCAAAUAACCCAAACAAUUUUCUUGUAGUUAUUCAGGCAGGAAGCCAGCUGUUAAAUUUGUCUAUAUUAACUACCUGAGAAUUCAGAAGAAUAAAUAUUCUAUGUACUUUUCAUUCUCUUGCAGUACAAACUCUGUUAAAAAAUAAUUCCCUGUAAGCGUUAAGUUAGCCUUACUUUUGUCUAUAGAUCAACAAUUUCUAUUUGAAAAACUGCCUCAUUAUAGGACAAUUAAUUUAGCAGCUCAGAGCAAAUCAAUGAUAAUUGUAACCUUCGGACAAUAGUGUCUGAUUACAUGUAAUUAUUUUUUUGUGUAAAGAUGCACAGCCUUCUGCUGAUUAAGGAGAGCAGAAAAAAGUGACUGUAUUUUGACUAGACUAUUUUUAAAACCUUUUUGUUCACUGCAGCUUCCUUCCCUGUACAAAAGCUGUUACUUCUGUCACCUUUUGACUUCAUAAAAUUCUUUCCCAAAUAAA